UCAGGUAUGCCAGUAAUUUUCUAUAGUUGACUGUAUUUGGUUUAAAGAAAGUUUGGUCGCAACAGAAGAUAAAAAAAUGGCUGAAUUGGAAACAGCUGCAGAUCGAAAUGUCGAGAUUUGGAAAAUAAAGAAACUUAUUAAGAGUUUGGAAGCCGCAAGGGGGAAUGGUACAAGCAUGAUAUCUCUAAUCAUUCCACCAAAAGACCAAAUAUCCCGAGUGGCCAAGAUGCUAGCAGAUGAAUACGGAACAGCAUCGAAUAUUAAAAGCAGAGUUAACCGACUCUCAGUGCUUGGAGCCAUUACUUCUGUACAACAAAGAUUAAAGCUUUAUAAUAAAGUACCCGGGAAUGGACUCGUUGUUUACUGUGGAACCAUAGUAACCGAUGAAGGAAAGGAGAAGAAAGUCAACAUUGAUUUUGAGCCCUUCAAACCUAUUAACACUUCAUUGUAUUUAUGUGACAACAAAUUCCACACAGAGGCCUUAACAGCUUUACUAUCUGACGACAAUAAGUUUGGGUUCAUCGUGAUGGAUGGGAACGGAGCUUUGUUUGGUACGUUGCAAGGAAACACGAGGGACGUUCUCCACAAGUUCACAGUUGAUUUACCCAAGAAACACGGCAGGGGAGGGCAAUCUGCUUUACGUUUUGCUCGGUUACGAAUGGAAAAGCGGCACAACUAUGUGAGGAAAGUCGCUGAAACAUCCGUUACUUUAUUCAUCACGAACGAUCGACCCAACGUCACAGGUCUCAUCCUUGCUGGGUCGGCAGAUUUUAAAACCGAACUCAGUCAAUCUGAUAUGUUUGACCAGAGACUGCAGGCGAAGAUAAUAAAGCUGGUAGACGUGUCGUACGGGGGGGAGAACGGUUUCAAUCAAGCGAUCGAACUUUCCACCGAAGUUUUAUCAAAUGUUAAAUUUAUUCAAGAGAAAAAACUAAUAGGUCGUUAUUUUGACGAGAUAUCUCAAGAUACAGGAAAGUUUUGCUUUGGAGUUGACGAUACAUUGAAAGCAUUGGAAAUGGGGGCGGUGGAAACACUAAUAGUAUGGGAGAACCUGGAUACGAUGAGAUAUGUGCUUAAGAACCAUAGCACAGAUGAAGAGAAGAUUCUGUUUUUGAGACCAGACCAAGAAAAAGAUAAAACCCAUUUCACUGAUAAAGACACCCAGGUAGAAAUGGAGAUGACUGAGAGUUGCCCUCUACUUGAGUGGUUUGCCAAUAAUUACAAGAAGUUUGGGGCGACGUUGGAGAUUGUAACGGAUCGCUCCCAGGAAGGCUCGCAGUUUGUUAAAGGUUUCGGGGGAAUUGGAGGUAUGCUUCGUUAUCGAAUUGAUUUUCAAAGUUUAGAAUUCAACGAAGAUGACGAUUAUUUCAACGAUUACUGAAAAGUUUUUCUCGCAGUAAGAUUUCCUUACCCCAGAUUGGGGCAGUGUACAGUCAGUUGUUUUAGGUGAAUUAUUUGGGGGACACAUCAGAUUGUUGCGUGUUUGAUAAUUUAUGAAGUAACAACAUGGUGUCAAGCUGCUAUGCACAUAAAGAAUCCCAAAUUACCUUACCAUUAUACAACGAUAUGUUUAGCAACUUCAAAAUUGUUUCAACUUUGAAUAUAAAGCAGCAGACACAGA